GAAAGUUGAAAUAAUAAACAAAUGGCUUUUAUACUUCAAGUUGAUUGUUUAUGUGAAGUUUUUGAAUAUUUAGAGGAUGAUAGGCCAACUUUAUAUUCAUGUUUAUUAGUUAACCGACUUUGGUGUAAAAUUUCCGUUAGAAUUUUGUGGAGGAAUAUUUGGAAUUUUGAUAUAUAUCAAAAAGACUCAUUGAGGGUAGCGACAUCCAUUCUUAGUACAUUAAUUGCUUGUCUUCCCAAUGAAUCAAAAGAGUUAUUACAUGAAAAUAAUAUUUUUAUUUCAACACCUACUUUCAAUCCACCAUUGUUUAAUUAUGCCAGAUUUUGUAAAGUCCUUUCAAUUGAUGUGGUUGAUGAUAUAAUAAAUGAAGUCCUUCCUGAAAAUAGAAUUAGUCAUCUAGCAACAAAUGAAAUCAUCAAAAUGUUUACAAAUCAAAUUUCUUCUUUGAAAAAAUUGACUUAUUAUGAUCACCUUAAUAUUUCUUUUCCUCAUUUUCCUAAUGCAAGAGACCUUUCAGAAUUAUGUUGUAAAUCAGAACUUCCAUCUAGUUUUUUUUAUCAACUAUCUCAGAUAUGUCAUAAUUUACAAUCAAUUUCUUUAGAUUUUUAUUGUAAUGAUGAUGUUUCAAAUGAGUUAAAAGAAUUAAUUUCUUUACAGAAUAAUUUAAAAAUUUUAUCUUUAUCAGCUUAUGAUGGAAAUUGGGCAGAUAUUAUACCUAUUAUAUUAAAGCACUCUCAUACAAUAACAGAAUUACGACUUUAUAACU